ACAAAGUGAAAAGUUGUCAUUUUUAAUAAUCCAUUUUGCUGUUUAUUUAUUCGCACUUUAAUUUUUGAAGUCGCGAGUUUUGACUGUUGUGAACUGCGGUUCGAUUUUAUACGAGAACAUGGACUCCAUGGAGGCGAUUUUGGCGAAAUUAUUGGUAUCGGAUAGCAAAAAAGUGCAAGAGGGAACUAGAGAAUUGAAAGAGGCUUUCAAGAAGCCCGAGGCCAUAUCGGCCUUGUGCGAUGUACUGGUCACUUCGACCCACCCCCAAAUCAGACAAUCCGCAGCCGUUCUGCUUAGAAGGAAAUUAGGAAGCAAAAGGCAUUGGAGUAGAGUUAAUAUCGACGUAAGAAAUAGAAUCAAAGAAGGCAUGCUGAGGGCGCUAGUAAACGAACAGGAGAAAUUAGUAAAGAAUUCCAUAGCUCAAUUUAUCGGUAUUAUAGGAAAACACGAAUUCCCCGACAACUCAUGGCCGGAAGUUUUACAAUUCGUACACACGUUAACCAACAGCGAAACAAUCUUCGACAAAGAGCUCGGCAUGUACACGCUCUCCAUCAUGACCGAGAUAGCUCAAAGCUCUUAUAUCAUACACGCCGAAUCGUUCGCCGUACUAUUCACCAAUACGAUCAAUCAACUGACGGACGUUAAAUCGAACCUAGCCUACUACACGGUUAUUACUAUGAAGAAUUUAGUAUCGGUAAUCGGCGGGCAUCAACAAAUGGUAAACGUUUAUCAUUCCUUACUACCGAAAAUCCUCGAAAUCAUCAACACUCAGGCGUUCAACGACGAACGAAAGGCCAUCGAUAUGCUGGAAAUCGUCGAAGAGCUGAUCGAAUUCGCCGUAAGCGUGGUGGCGCCCCAUUUGAAACUCAUCGUAGACAUGUGCCUUCAACUAGCCAGCAACCAAUCCGUUUCGAUAGCCGUUCAAAUUAAAGCCGUCGGCGUUAUCGGCUGGUUAAUAAGGUCCAAAGGAAAGGUUGUUCAAAAGAAUAAACUCAUCGAACCCAUCAUCGAUGUGUUGAUCCAUCUGAUGGGCCAACAAGCCGACGACGAGAACAACGAAGAGUACUUCUUGGGCGAUCCCGAUCAAUUCACAUCGAUAACGGUAGCUACACAAACGCUCGAUUUGAUCGCUUUGAACAUACCGGCCGAGAAGGUCAUACCGUACGUUCUGACGAAAGUCGAACCGGCCAUCCAAGGCGGCGACGUCUACGCCCAAAAGGCCGCCUAUCUGUCGCUGGCCGUCCUCGCCGAAGGCUGUUCGGAGUGCAUUCGCAAGAAGUACCUCGAGGCGUUCCUGAAGUGCGUCUGCGCGGCCAUACACAAUCCGAACGCCGUCAUCAGGAACGCCGCCUUCUUCGCUUUGGGCCAGUUCGCCGAGCACCUGCAGCCCGAGAUCAGCCAGUACGCGUCGGCGCUGUUGCCCGUUCUCUUCGAGUGCCUCCAACAGACGUUCGUGCAAAUGAAGGCCGAGAAAAAGGACCCGCCCAGCCUCGCGCGCUUGUUCUACGCCUUGGAGACGUUCUGCGAGAACUUGGACGAAGGAUUGUUGCCGUAUUUGCCUACGCUCAUGGAGAGGAUAUUCGAAGCGUUGGAUCCGACCGGUUUCUCGUUGCAAUUGAACCGAGUGGCGUUGAGUACGUUGGGUUCGAUCGCCAGCGCCGUAAAGGAGGGUCUGAUGCCCUAUUUCCCGAAGGUUAUAGAGAUUUUGAAAGUCUACAUCAAUUCGGAUCCGAACGAUAAGAUCCAUCAGAUACAAAGCUGCGCGAUAGAGGCCUUAGCCGUGGUGGCUCAAUACAUCGGACCGGAGAAUUUCAAACCGUUGACGGGGGAUUGUUUGCAAUUGGGCCUGCGAAUUUUGGAUUCCACGUCGGAUCCCGACAUCAAUAAGAGCGUGUACGCCCUGUUCGCGGCGCUGGCCAUCAACAUGAAAGAGGAACUCGCCCCGGUGUUGCCCAAAAUCGUGCAGGAGAUGAUCGAGAGCAUCCAAAGCAGCGAAGGAAUAGUCACGCAAUACGAUAACGAAGACAAAGACGAAAUCGACGUGUACGCCGAGCUAUCGGACGAAGACGACAUCGAGGAGGACAUCGAAGAGGACAUCGACGGAUCGUCGGUCAACAGCGAAGACUCGACGCAAUGCCGGUAUUCCGUGGAAAAUUCUUACAACGAGGAAAAGGAGCAGGCCUGUUCGUCGCUCAAAGACAUUUGCAUGAAUACCGGGGCGGCGUUUUGUCCGUACGUCGAGAAAUGCUUCGAGGAGAUCUACAAAUUGACGCACUACUCGCAGGAGGACAUUCGAGUGGCGGCCGUCGAGGCACUAUUACACUUUUCCAUAUCGCUGUACAAGUACGGCGGCGCGGAGUACAAACAGACGUUCUACAGGGCGUUGCAGAUGUUCGUGCCGAAGUGCGCGGAAUUGAUACGGGCCGACGAGGAGCGAACCGUCGUCAUAGCCUGCUUGGACGCUUACACCACUCUAUUGGAGGAGGUCAAAGAGGAGGUGUUCGCGAUCGACGGCCAUCGGGAGGCCAUUAUGAAUUGCGUUAUCGACGUGUUGAAUUUGAAGACUAUGUGCCAGGAUACGGAUUUGGCCGGUCAAACGGAGAACAACGACGACGACGUGGAAGCGGAACGGGACGAAUUGCUGUUGGAAUCUGCCGGCGACGUCAUACCUAAAUUCGCGGCGGCCAUUCCCACCGAGGAUCUGAUGUCGUAUUUUCCCAAUAUACUGCAAUUGAUGUCGACUAGAAUGAAGAAGCAACACAGCCUGUCGCAGAGAUCGUUCGCCUACGGGACGUUGGCGGAGUGCAUGAAAUGCAUCGGGAUCUACGUGGAGAAAUUCAUACCGACGUUGUUGAACAUGUGGUUUACGGGAGCUAAAGAUUCGGGCGACGAGGUCAGACAGAAUUCCAUCUUCGGUUUGGGCGAGAUGGUUUUGCACGGUAAAGAGAAGUUGUUUGGUCAUUACGCGGAUAUACUACAAGCGCUGUCCGCUGCGGUGGCGAAGGAGACGCAUUCCGGCACGUUGGAUAACAUUUGCGGGGCUUUGGCUAAAAUGAUUACGGUCAAUUCCGGUGGAAUACCUUUGGAACAAGUGUUUCCGGCGUUCAUUCAGAAAUUGCCGUUGAGAGACGAUUUUCAGGAGAACGAGGCGGUCGUUAAUUGUCUUUGCUCGUUGUAUCAACAGGGAAAUCAAGUGCUGAAAGAACAUUUGGUCGACGUUAUAAAAGUUUUGGUUCACAUUUAUUACAAAGAUCAAGCUCCGAAUAACGAUGUUAAAACAACUUUGGGCGAGUUUAUAAAAACGAUAAAUCGAGAUUUUCCUCAGGAAUUGGGCAACGCCGUGUCUUCGCUGGAGCCGAACGCUGCCGAAUGUAUACAAAAACUGUUGUCUUCUUAAAAAACCAAUAACGCAAAUUUAAAUUUAAUAUAAAGCUUUUUCAUCUAGUUUACAAUUUCACUAUAUCUUACUAUAUCUUGUUGUUUUUUUUAUAAACAUUUAAUUUUGUUAUUUGCCAAAUUACAAAUAUCUGCGUGCAAGCUAUAGGGCGAGACGACGUAAUCAAUUCUUAAGACUGAUAUUUAUUAGUUGUUACGGUAAUUCCACUAAAAAUGCGAAUAAGAGUACCGAGUACUUGAGCGUAUUUUCGAAGUCUUUUUUUUUUUUUAAUAUGAAUCAAACACGGCAAUUGCGUUUUGAAGAUAUUUGAAUUUUGGUGAUUGAAAUAUUUAAUUGCGACAGGCGUCCUUGUUACUUUUAUAUUGAUUGUGUAUUUAAUAAAUUUACGUAUUAUAUCAAUUCCUCUUGGCUUAAAUGCUACACACACAUAAUAUAAUUCGAGGAAUAGGACAAUUUACACAUCAGUAGAUAAACAAAAAAAAAUGUAAAUUUCCUUUAUUUAAAUGAAAUUGAAAAAAAAUACAACAUAUACACCAAUGAAAUUUACAACUUAUUAAACUCAUUCGUAUCAAUUUUCGGAGACAUGUAUUUUUUAAUAAUUUACAAUAGUUGUUACUCAAUAUAUUUACAUGAAAAUCUACAAGGGGUUUUUCGUACCAAAAUAACUACAAAACAAAUUCGUCAGUCUCAUAACUUUUUGUACACACGACUUUAAAAAAAUACUCCACAUCCGAACCAACGCGAUAAAACAUAAUCUAAAUCUGUAGUAAUUGAAUCAAUUCCGCGUUAUAAUCGAUUAGUACAAUUCAUGGCGAAUCACAGAUUGUAAUAUUACAAACAACAACAAAACUACCCCCACGUACUGAAUCCAUAAAUAAAAUAUUUGCAAUAUUACAUUAAAUUCCACUCAAUAAAUUAAU